UGUGUGCUGCAUGCUCCCCCUCCCCGCUCUGUCUUCGACAUCCAAUCGCUGGACGAGCUUGUGGAUCGCCCCAUAGCCACGGCAGCACACUGUCACGGCGUGCUUCUCUUCUCCCCUCUUGCCUCUGCUCCUCCUCCCCCGCCUCGCUCUGUCUUUGACAUCCAAUCACUGGAGGAGCUUGUGGAUCGCCCCAUAGCCACAGCAGCACAUUGUUACAGCGAGUCCGUUGCCGUGCUGAGCUUCUGUAACGGCAACGGGUGGCGUCGCACGUGUCUCUACGGCGGCGGUUAUGCCACGGACGGUUCCGGAGAGUGCACGCUCGUUCAAUCCGGUGCGCUUUACUGCGAGGACUGCCAAGGGAAUGCGCACAAACUCGAGCGUUGCUGCGAUAUCGUAGACCUCCGAGUUUCCGAUUCCGGUUACGAGCUAAGCGCCGGCCAACAGGCCAACACGUAUGACAUUGAAUGGGGAAUCGGUCUGCUACAGUGCCCAGGGAAUACGGGCUGUGCUACAUCUGGUUACCCGCAGUGUAACGGGGGUGGGUUCGACGGUAUUAAUUCGUGGUUCGGGUUAGAUAAAUAUUCCUAUGUGCAAGGUUAUGAAUUUUGCCCCGAAUUCAGGGGAACGAUACUGCGCGGGCUCGAGCCCCGCGGGGACAGCAGCGGCGGAGUGAAGCUGCGCGAACUAGAGCGUCCGUGGGAGGAAUCCGCCGCUGAGGCGGACGAGAUCCGCGCAGAACCGCCGCGCCCGAUUGCUCCCCUCGGCGACGGCGCACUGGCGGGCGGAAAGGCCAAGAUGAGCCGCCGCCUAUGGGGAAGCGGGCGCCCCUGGCCCCCCCCGAAGAUGUAUAGCCGCCGCCUGUGGGGGAGUGGGCGCCCUUGGUCUCCCCCAAAAAUGUACAGCCGCCGCCUGUGGGGAAGCGGGAGGCAGUGGUACCCGUAG